ACUCGGCUGGCUGAAGAAUGGCUGGUCGACUGGUUGGCUGCCUGGUUGCCUCCGGUUGGCAAUCGUUUUUCGCCUGGCCAAAAUCCUGCAGACGUGUUCGAGAGCUUUAGAACGUUGUUUGCAAUUGCGGAAAGCGGUUUGCGAGGCACGAGACACGGCGAUAGUUUUUAAUAGAAGAAGCAGCAGCAAUAAAAAAAAUAAUACAAAAAUUAAAAAAAAAAAACAGAAAAAGAAAAAGAAAAAGAAAAGAACCAAAUAAGAAAGCAGCAGAAAAGAGUGCAGAUGCAAGAAGUAGCCGUAUAGUUCGCAGCCAGCGGAGCAAUAGUUUAUUGAGGAAUAAUCCACGAGUCGGCGCCCAAAAGAUCCAACAAAUACCCCAGAAACACAACUGAAUAACCAGCCCAGGCAAAAUGUGUUCAUAAAGCAGUACAAUGUAAACUUAAAAAGCAAACUUAAACGCAAAACGGAUAACAAAUAAAUCAUAACUACUACUCUCAACUACUCUUUCCAAUGGAUUCUGGCGAUUCUUUUCGAAUUUCCCGAAUUCCCAUAGCACCAAAGGAUAUCGCUUGCUCAUAACUUGGGGCGGAUUUUGAUGCAUUUUAAUCCAGCUACGGUUGUAAUAAAGAGGCGUUUGCGGAAACGUUGCGAAUAGUGAAUAUUAGAAUUGAAUUUGAUAUCAUUGUCUUGUGCAUUUGCCGAGCUUCCUUGAGCCAAGCCAAGUCAGGUGUCGGUGCGCCGUGUGAUGAAUGCACAAUCCCAGCUGAAUCCAUAUGCCAUUGAGAGCCUAGCCGCAGCCCCAGUCACGAACGCAAAACCACUGCCACAGACAUCCAGCAGUACCCAGAUACCAGCCCGUUCCAAAUGAGGAUGAUAUUAAAACUGAAAUUGAAUUGGAGAAUGUCUGGUUGAAGCGGUGGAGCGAAUUCCCAUUCUCGAUAUGGUUUAGAACUGCAAAUCAAUUCAAUAUAGCACAGGAUACAGAAUACGGAAUACAGGAUACAGGCUACAGAUACAGAUAUAGAUACUGAACUUGCUACUGAUACUGAGAUACUGAGAUACUGUUACUACUGGAGGGAAGUUAACUAAUGCAAACAGAUAGUUUUAAGUACCAUAUGAAGGCAGUUUUCUAUAAAUUAUUAACGCGAGGAAUUAGGAGAGAAAACUAAGACUUAGAAGUGGGGCUGGAUUCGACAACUUCACUUUUAAUCACAAUAUCGCAGCCGCCGUCAUGUGGAUGAACAUCGCCAAUUUAAUCCUCAUCAUUGCUCAGCUGUGCGUUUUCGUCACAUCUGCGGGGGAAGCAGAUUACACACUAGAUGAUUCAUUUUGGAAUGAAGAAAGUCCUGUUGGAGAAGUGGAACGUUUACUUAAGGAGUACAGGCAAAACCAAGAGCUUGUCCGUCGAAUCGGUGGUCACUAUUACCAAAUUAUAUAUCCAGUACAGCUGCGCCAUCACGAGAAGAUGGGCAUAUCCACGCGCGAAGUCAGUCUCCCGAAGCCGGGACAAAGACCUCGACCGCACGACGACAGCGGCUUCAACCGGGGAAGAACAAAGAAACACUUCCAUCGCACAUCGUUGCUGAUUAAAGCAUUUAACCACAAAUUUCGCCUGGACUUGGAGCUCAAUUCACAACUUCUAUCGCCAAACAUACAACAGAAGCACUACCACGUGGGCGGAUAUCUUGUGGAUGGAAAUCGACAUGAUAUCGAGCACUGCUACUAUCACGGCACUGUCAAGGAUUACCCCGGAGCCAGUGCAGCAUUCCAUACCUGCAACGGCGUAAGUGGCGUCAUCCACAUCGGUAACGAGACCUUUGUCAUCCAUCCCUUCUACGGCGGAGAUCUGUCCAAACAUCCCCAUGUCAUCUUCGAGGCGCGCACAAAGGCGAACAAAGGGUGCGCCAACUCGGGCAAUCUGGACUCCUGGCGGCUAUCGCGCCGCACAAAGCACUUGUCCGCCGGAGUUGCGGGCGUCGUGGAGGAGAUCCUCCAGGCGGGCGUGGGCCGCAACAAGCGGGAUGUGCGCGAGGCCACCAAGUACAUUGAGACGGCCAUCAUCGUUGACAAGGCAAUGUUCGAUAAGCGCAAUGGCAGCACUCGUGCCGAGGUCAUCCACGAUGCCAUUCAGGUGGCCAACAUAGCCGAUCUGUACUUUCGCACGCUGAACACCCGCGUCUCGGUUGUCUACAUCGAGACUUGGGGCAAAAACCAGGCGGUUAUCGAUGGCAGCAAGGAUAUCAGCAAGGCAAUAUCCAACUUCAAUGACUACACCUCCCGAAAUCUGUUCCAAAUCGAGCGAGACACCACACAGCUGCUCACUGGCGAAACAUUCGCGGGCGGCGAGGCUGGCAUGGCUGUUCCCGAAACUGUUUGCACGCCCCGUGCUGUGGGCAUCAGCGUGGAUGUGAAUGUGUAUGAGCCGCACCUUUUGGCCGGCACAAUGGCCCACAUGAUUGGCCAUAACAUCGGCAUGGGACACGACGACGGACGCGAGGAGUGCUUUUGCCGUGACUGGCACGGUUGCAUCAUGGCCCAGUCGAUUGUCGGCCAGGAGAAUGUCCAGCCAUACAAAUUUUCCGAGUGCAGUAAAAAAGAUUACAUUGACGCAUUGCGGACUGGCCACGGACUGUGUUUGCUCAACAAGCCAAAUGAGAUUGAGUUACGUCGAAACUGCGGCAACAAGGUGGUUGAGGAGGACGAGGAGUGCGACUGCGGAACUUUCGAGGAGUGUGCUCUGGACCAGUGCUGCGAUGGCAUAACGUGCAAGUUGAAGUCGGAGGCCCAGUGUGCCAGUGGUGCCUGCUGUGACCAAUGUCGCUUGCGGCCAAAGGAUUACAUUUGCCGUGACUCCAAUAACGAGUGCGAUCUGCCCGAGUACUGCGACGGCGAGAUUGGCCAAUGUCCGUCGGAUGUCUUCAAGAAGAACGGCUCUCCAUGCGGUCUAAGCAAGACUGGCAUCUCGGGUUACUGCUUUCAAGGAUAUUGCCCCACGCUGAGUCUGCAAUGUGAGGCGAUUUGGGGUUAUGGUGGCUCUGCUGCGGAUCGCCAGUGUUAUGAACAAUUCAAUUCUAAAGGCUCAAUUAACGGGCAUUGCGGUCGAGAUGCCAAUGAACACUACAUUAAGUGCGAACCAGAGAACGUCCAGUGUGGAACCCUGCAGUGCAAGGAUGGGGAACGGCAGCCAGUCAACGAUGGCAUCGACCAGCUCUACUCGAGAACCAUCAUUUCGAUCAAGGGCCAGGAGUUCGAAUGCAAGGCGACCAGCGGGCAAGUGGGCUCCAACAGCUAUCCGGAGCACGGCCUGGUCAAGGACGGAACACCGUGCGGUGAUAAUCUAAUUUGCCUCAACCAGACGUGCGUCAGUCUCUUUCCCCACGUGGAUCAGACCAAGUGCCCGGCCAAUUCACAGGGUCUAGAGUGCUCAGAACACGGCGUCUGCACCAAUACGAAUCGCUGUUUCUGCGACAUGGGAUGGGGCGGCAACGACUGCAGUUCUGUCGUGCUGCUCACAACAGCACUGCCAACCGAAGCACUGCCCACGCCGGAAAACACCAUCAAGAUGGAGAAGAAAGAAACCCCAUAUGAGAACUACCACGGCUCAAAUACAGUGUUCCUAGUCGGUGUUCUAAUGUCAGUUGUAGGGUUCGUUUUUAUAACAUUCACCUUGAUGGCAUUGUGCUACAGGUCAGUUGUAGUACAUAGAAACUUCUCCCUGUGUCUAAGGCGAAAGACCACUACGCUCAAGUACGAUCCGCCCUAUUCGAAGAAGCCAAUUGCCAAGAGCUACGGCGGAGCGGCGACGGCACCCAAUCACCACUCCGUGGAGGAGGUCUCCUUGGACGGAUCCAGCAAGUUAGUCUAUGCCAAUCAGACUGGCUUCAGGGACAAGGGAAUCCAUGGACGACGCUACACGACAUGUGGCGAGGACGAUCAGUCACAUGCAGAGAAGGGUAUAUUAAAGAAGCACGGCUACGGUCUGGUGCACGGUGAGCAGCUAAAAGACAAAUGGGGCGAUGACAAUCAGUCCGAUAACCUCGAGCUUAUUACCCAAGACGGCACCCUGGCGUCGACGAGCGGCGGUGCGGCUGCCUCCGAGGUGGAGCGGACGCUCAAGUCACUCAAUGGCUAUCAUGAGGACAUCUUGGAGGCGCUGCGGAAUGCGGCCACGCACCGGGGAACCGGAACCGGAAACACGCCCGUCGGCAGCGGCAGCCUGAGCGAGGAGAUGCUGCGCAAGACGCUGCAGGACUGCAACAAUUCCCAGCUGGGCUACUCGGCGGAGCAGUACAAGCGUAACAUUGGAUCCAAGUCCAGUUCGCGGGAGAACAUCUGCGACAAUGCCGCCGUCCAUGCGAUCAUCCUCGAUGGCAGCGGCGGCGGACUCGGCGGCAUGGGACUGGGCUCGAGCGUGGGAGCCGGCGGCGGAUCGACGUCCAUGUCGGGUGGGAUGCCGGGCCAUGGCGGCACCAUGCUGCACCAUCAUCGAUCCCAGCACCAGCUGCAUCAGCCGUCGACGGUGGCGCUGCAGCCGCAGCAGCUGGAUGACGAUGAUGCACCGUCGACGGGACCGCUGCGUAUACGCAAUCUGGAGGACCUGAUCAGGCAGCUAGAGCACCACUCGUCCCGUCACAUGAGUCCCAGCGGAUCCGAGGAUAUACGAAUGUCGGAAACAGAGGCCGAUCGACACUAUAGAUUAGAAAGUUCCGCGGCUUGUAGUGAGUCAUCUCAAGGCUCCAAUCAGCAAAUACCACAAUCUCAGAAAACCGCUACAAUUCAUGCGUCUUACAGCAGAAGCUGUCGUCCCCGUUCCGAUGAGGAGUCCCGAUUCACAUUCGGUGGACGCUACCGACAGCCGGCCUCUUCUGGACGCCAUGCGCCGCACCAGUCGCACUCACCCCACGCAUUCGGACACCACACGCAUCACUCCCAUGCCCACGGACAUGCCACGCACGGUCCACACUCGUCCCAUCACUCAUCGCACACCCAUUUGCAGCAGGAGGACGAGGGCAUCUACGAGACCGCUGACCACCACGAACGCCAGGUGGUCGACGCUCGACUCGACUGCCACGAGACACCAGAUAGCGAGAGUGAUGACUUUAUUCAAGCUCAACAACAGUUAGCCCGGUGGGCGAGUGAGGAUGUGGUAUCCGUCGUGGUAUUGGACCAGCCGCCAUCCGGUACAAUGUCGGAUUCCCAACCAUACAUCGACGUCGGACCCAUUUCGGGGGCUAUAGCGCAGCAGCAGCAUCCGCAUCAGCAGCAGCAUCAGCAGCAGCAUCCGCAUCAGCACCACGGCGAUCAUCAUCAAUCCUCCGCAGCGGCAGCGGGAUCGGGAUCGGGAGCGGCAGCGGCGACAUCGGUGGCCAACAGUUCUAUAAUGGCUUUGCCAAUCGUCCCAAAUGGUAUAAGUGUAAGUCAGAGGGACUACUAUCCAUCCCCGCCCUCAACGGAAACGGAAAGCAGUGGAAGUGUUAUCCAGCUGCCCAUUCGUCGCGGUUUGCAAUCGGCGGCAGCAGCAGCAGCGGCGGCAGACACGGCGGCACUAAGUCAGCAUCAGCAGCAAUUGCAGCUCCUUCAGCUGCCAAUUUAUCAGCAGCAUCCGCAUCAGCAUCAUCAUCCGCAGCAAUCAGGCGAUACCAGCAGCAGCAACAACAGUCAGUCCGAACAAAUCAUCGAGAAUGGCUGCUACCCGGAAUAUAAGCAUUGAUAUUGUUAUCUAUAUGAUAGAGAAGAUCAUCCUCAUGGUCCAUAUGAUCCAUGUGGUCCAUGUGGUCCAUGUGGUCCAUACUGCAUCCGAAAUCGCGCAUAGAUCAACAAUCAGCCACGCCCACUCCACUCACAUGUGCCCGGAGCCAGCGCGCAGCUAGCUUUCUCUCUAAAUAAAUGAAAUUUGUAUCGACCUUUAUGAUUACUUUAGCAUAGUUACCAAUACGUUGCUCGUGUAUAAGCACAUAAAUAAAUGAAUUUAGCCCUAAGUAGUUAAGUAAAUAAAUGUAAAUGUGAAGACAGCAGACAAAAAACAAAAACCAAAAACCAAAACAAAACAAACCAAACUAGUUAACGUAAAAUGGAGCGGAGUAAAAGUUAGCACACAAAUUGAAGCGAGGUGGAAAUGGAAAAUGGAAAAGGGAAAAUGGAAAAUGGAAUAUGGAAAAUGGGAAAUGGUAAAUGGAAAUGAAUAUGGAAAAACAAACUUAACAAGCAACAAAAAUGUGUAUUCUUAUGUGUGAGUGGUAAAUAAAUAGCCAUACUUUAUUCAUAGAUUAAUAACAAUUAUUAAGUGAGUGCAUCCCAAUUUAUAUUCAUAAUCGUAUAAUGAUACGUAAAAUGAUGAAAGACAACAAAAACCGAAACCGAAAGCAAAAGCUAACCAAAACCAAAACCAAAACCGAAAACAACAGCAACCGCAUUAACGAAAUAAAUAAUUAAAAAUUGGGAAAUAUUUACAUAUUUUUUGCAUACCUCGGACCAAGCAAUGCCAACGUUCGAGUAGGAAAAUCUUUCAACAAAAAAAAAAAACAAAAAACAAAACAAACCAAAAAACAAAAAACAAAGACCGUAAACAGAAAACCACAAAAAAGAAUAAAUAACAAAAAACAAAAAAAAAAACAAAACCGAAAAGACACAAAUAAAAAUAAACACAAAACGCAGCUGUAAAUAUGAAAAUUAAUAUUUAUGCUAGUUAGUAAAUUAUACGAUCCUUUGCUGGACGUGUAGAGAACUUGAACAUUUCGAUGGUCACGGAUAAGCGGCAGGAAAAAUACAAUUGUGCACUGGGCCCAGCCCGGGCUUUAAAAAACCCCCUUAUUGGGGCAAUCUUACACCGACUGAUAGAAAAUUUUGGGCUAUAUUGCCAGUUCUCGUUCAAUAAUCUUAAAAAAGAGAAAACCGAAAAACCAAAAAACCAAAAAACCAAAAAACGAAAAAAAAAAACAAACAAAAAACCAAAUGGAAUGAAUAACAAAAACGCUAUAUACAUAAAAAUAAUUAAAGUAAUUCAAGAAAACGUGAAAACAUGAAAGCGGAGAAAAAUAAAUCGGAAAUAUUAAUAUCUGUAUGGUUAAAGUAUGAAUAUGAUCAACAUAAAGUUAAGGACAAUGCUAAUGUUAAUUUAUCGGUUUUGAAACAUCAGUAAUAUAUCGUAUUGUACCGUAAAUUAAGCCAUUUAGAAUGAAACGUACGAAUUAAAAUUAUUUUCCAGCUUUA